GAGCUCCAGCAGAGACUUUUGCUGUAGAUUGGCUUGACCUGGGAUUAACCAGGGAAUCUUGACUGGAACAAUGAUGAAUUCUGAAGAUGGUUGCAUAACAGAGAGUAGCUCCUUGCAUCCGGAGAGAGGACAACAAAAUCAGGCUGCCAGCCCUCAUUUUGCAACACAGCAUGAAGGAUCCCUUCAAGUUCCUAUCCCAUGUGCUGUUGUGAAUGUGGUCCUCAUCACUGUUUUAAUCAUAGCUCUCAUUGCUUUAUCAGUGGGCCAAUACAAUUGUCCAGAUCCAGAUAUGUCCCUAGUGCCACCAAAUAGCCAUGUUUCUUCAUGCUCUGAUGAUUGGAUUGGAUACCAGAGGAAAUGCUACUUUAUUUCUACUGAAAUGAAGAACUGGACACUGGCCCAAAAAUUUUGCUACGAACAGGGUGCUACUCUUGCGUUCAUUGAUUCUGAAAAGGACAUGAUCUUUUUAAAACGAUAUGUGGGUAGAGUUAAACAUUGGAUUGGUCUGAAAAAGGAAGAUGGUCAGAUAUGGAAAUGGUCAAAUGGCAGAGAAUUUAGCAACUGGCUCAACCUUACUGGAUAUGAGAACUGUACAUUUAUGAAUAGUACAGAGGUCAGCAGUACAGCGUGUGAAAAUAAUUUACACUGGAUAUGUAGCAAAUCCUCUAAAUAAGGAGGAAACAUAUUUGCUUACAGACUAUUAUAAUAUGGAACUCAAAGAAAUUUGUGUUGACGGAUGUCGCUCUAUGGUCAGAUAUUUUCCACAAAGACUUUGUGAAAAAAUUAUGUCUUAUUUCGGAAACCUUCAAAACAAGACUAUGGGAAAAAAGGAAGAGAAUUUCCGGGAAUAUCUGCAUUGUGGAACACUCCUGCCAGGAGCUGAAAAAGUCACAGGUUGACUGCUCAUUACAUCCAAGGAGAAGAUGCACUUUAUAUUUCAUAGAACUUAGAAAUAAUAAAAUAACUAGGCUUAAAGGUAUUAUUUAUUGUUGAACUACCAAAACUGAGUGUGUAUUUGCACUAUUUGAAGAUGUUAAAUGGUGAUAUUAAAAACCGAAUGUAAACAUUAAAAAGUUUAACUGGUAGCAUGGACAUUUAGUGCUUCUUUAUGUAGCAUUUUACGGAGAUACAGACAAAAGCAAAAGAUACAAGGAAUAUUUGUGAAACAGAUAAAAAUAUUUGAAAAUGUGCAAUAUGUGAUGUUGUAAAUUCCUGUCAGGAAAACUUCUGUUCAAACUCGGAGUAAUAAUAGUCUUAUCUGACUAUCAAUGUGUACCUUUUUCAAUCAAUUCUAUCAUGUGCAAUGCUUCUUAUGAAGUAUUUUCUGAGUGCAAUAGUGUUUCUCUGUCUUUUGUAUUCAGUGCCAUUAUAAGCUGAUUUUA